AUGUCGCUUUCAUUUAUCGAGUCAGGGUUUGUUCCGUCUGAUGGCAUGCGCCGCGGUGUGGAGGCGGCAGACACCUCCGCAGCUGCCGAGCUUCUGCAUCUCGCUGUACCACCGUUGAUGGAAGCUGGAGGCAAGACACGUGUUUGCGUGGCCUUUUACGAGGCGGCUCAGUGCCCAUUUGACAGCCGUUGUGAACAUGCGCAUCACUUCUCCGAGCUGAACGGAUACACGCAAAACAAACUCCUUGAGACGGUGCCGGUGGAGAGCAUCCCGAAGCACUUUAUGGCGCCACGUAACAGCAACAGCAGUAGCGGAAACAACAAAAACGAUCGCACGUUUUACGCGACGGAUGGAAACGCCGCCAAUUACACCGCGACAGCUGCCGUGGACGGUGGUGUUGCCCACCGCUCACUGGGUGGCGGGCACGGUGAGAAGGAGAAAACGAGCAGCAAUCGUCGCAGUAAGCGGACUGCUCGCCUGUAUGAUAUCAGCGGCAGCAACGCGAAUUUGUGUGACAACUCCUUGUCAAGUCUUGCCUCCAGCACCGACACGCUCCUCCUUCUCGGCAGCGUACACGACUCAAAGGACGUCUCACCGCAAAAGGGGACGCGCCGGGAUGAGGGCAUGGAAGCAUUUCGCAUUCGCCUUCCACCGCGCUGCCGUUACCCACACCGAAACACGCGCGGCACGUAUUAUGAUGUCCUUGGCAUCCAACGCACCGCGACGCAGGAAGAAAUUAUUGCGAGUUACCGCCGCUGGCAAAAGGAGUACAAAAGUAUGAAACAAGUUGACCCGCAGGGCGCAGACGCCCAUGACACCAUCGUCGUUGAGGCCCGCAAUGUCCUUGGCCAUCCCGUGCUCCGUAGCGAGUACGACCGCACAGUCUCUGCCUUCUGGAGUAACAACAUCAACUGCAGUAAGGAUGUGACACGGGGUACGGCCACCCUUUCAUCGGCGAAUUCCUCUCGCUCAAUCAACAUGGAAGCCACCACUAAUACCAUGCGCAUAGCUAACGGUCUCUCCAGCGCGGAUAUGAUGUCACUUACACAAUCGGGGCUGCCUGAGGACAGCAUCUGGUGA